AUGUCUACUUAGAAAAAGGACCUCAGUAAUCACUUCUCUAAAAGGAAAGUGAAAUAUUUCAAAUUUAUUAUUGUUUGUCCCUCAUUUAUUAUUGAUGGCUUCAACAAGCAAAAAAAUGGCUUCAACAAGCAAAGAAACGGCUUCAACAAACAAAGAGGUGUGCUGGGUUUGUUUUAAAUCUAUUAAAAAUGACGUUCUUUUUGGUGAAUGGAAGACGCUAGAUAAGAUAAAAGUUCACUACUUUUGUUUAUUAUCGGGAACUGCUAUUAGGCAAACUGGCAAAGUUACAGGAAAACCGGAUGGAAUACUUGGCUUUACAGAAAAAGAUAUUGGUGAAUCAUUUCAGCUCUACGAAUCUACGAAAUGCUAUCUAUGUCGUAAGAAAUCAGCUGCUGUAAAAUGUGCUGAAAAAGACUGCAAUCGGUCCUGGCAUUAUCCAUGUGGAGUAUUAGAAUGCGUUACAGAAUUUACAGGAGCAUUCCAAUCAUAUUGCAGUCAUCAUGUCAAAGAUCCUAACAAUGGCAAAAAGCACGAAAAUUAUGCUGAGUGUUUAGUAUGUAAUAGUUUGAUAGCUACUUAUGACCCAGCAAAUUCCAUCAUUUCGUCGUGCUGUCUCUUAUGGCCGGAUUAUUCUAAAUGCUUUGUUCAUAAAACUUGCAUUUUGAAAUAUACUAAGAAUGCUGGCUAUGAUUCACUGUGUAUAAAUUGCGAUAUGGAAGUCCCGGCACCUAAUUAUAAAUUAACUAAACAAGAAUGGCAAGAGGAAAUGAGAAAAAAAGGAAUAUUUAUUCCGAUGGCAGAUGCUAUUUGGGAACGAGAAGGUAACUUUGCUGAUCAAGUCAAACAGAAAUGCGAAUACGGGAACUGCUCAAGUCCAAAUGUAACAAAGGAUGUGUUCACUUGCUUCGUUUGUGGAUGCUUUCCGAUGCACUUAAAAUGUUCCAAAGUCACAAAACAUGAAGAAUAUUAUUGUCCAAAAUGUUGGGACCAAUCUUUUGUACAAAGAGUUCCGAAAUAUUAAAUUUCUAUUUUUUCUAUAAUUGUUGAAUUUUGAACUGUAAUAAUAAAAAUAACGGCUUCCAGAAAUUUAAAUA